AUGAUUAACACUUCCUCAGAAAUUAUGAUAAAACAGAAUGUAAGAUUUGAUUCGAAAAGGAGACAACAUUUGCACGAGUCAUAUACAAUUGAAAAUGCCACCCUAAUUUCAGCAGCUCGCCCACAAUGUGUAAAUGAGCAACUGAGUGUUUUCUUCGCUGUUGACUUGUCGAAAGGCGUUGACCCCUAUAGAGAGAAGAUACUAGCAAUUCUGAAUAUGUUCCCGACUGCGUUCAAUCUUGGCUAUGAUAUAUUAUCCGGCAAUGAUGGAUGCAACGUGAACAUGGACAUUUCCGCUGCUUAUAAUGGUAUUAAUUUUCAUUUUAAUAUUUCUAUCCCAUUACCAUAAAUGAGGUCCUUCACUCGUAUACUGAACAAUACUUGCUUAUGUUCUCGGUACAAUGAUGAUUCAACGAAGAAGAUCGUCGUCUGGAUACCAUUUGCCGGCUACAAUUCCACAGGCUACAAUGGUCUUUUGAGCUUUGCUUACCUUCACUACGUGGUUCCACUUUAUCAGCCUUACGAAGGCGAUUUUUAUUAUGGUUUAUCGAAAAACAACGGGAAACUUGAUGGCUUGAUAGCUGAUGCGGCAAACUCCACCUCAGACUCUAUCGUUAAAACAUUGUGGUCGAAAUUAUGCGGUAUGUUGUUCAUUUCAACUGAGAUCAGGUUUCAUCGUACCUCUGACUGCCUUGUGGGCACUCAAGACCGUUCAUCUUUGUUGCCGCUUAUGUUCAGGGAACGGCCAUAUGUUAUAAGUGUCUGA